ACACACAGUCUGUCUCUAUAUCUGGGCAUAUGCAGGGACAGAACCCAAUAUAGAUUAUGCAUCCAGUCUGCAUGAUUUUCUUGGGGUAUGGGUUUUGUUUAGCUGCUUCAAUCAUCCUUGCUCCUAUAUAAUCCACUCUUCAAGAAUUUACAUUGGCCCUACUGACACGCACGCACACACACACAAUUAUAUAUAUAUAUAUAUAUAUAUCUCUCUCUAUAUAUAUAUUCACAGAGAGAAAGAGAGAGAGAGAGAGAGACCUAUUUGCAGUUUUGGGGUUACAUGGAUGAUUAUUGGUAAAGUUUCAAUCUUUUUCUCUGGGAAGUCUGGAUGAGAAAGCUAUGAAGAUUUUGCAUUUUUUCUAAGCCUGUGGGAGCAAAAUUUGGAUGGUCUAAGCUGCAAAAAGUGACUUUGGGUUUGAUUUUGCUCUGGAGGAAGAGAAAAGCUUCAUGGUCUAUGCAAGCAGUCAACCGUUUUCGCUUUUCUGUUGAACUUUUGUAUUGAAGUGAGAAACUCAAGGGCGGGUUUAUAUAAACUGAAGGGAUAUUCUGCAAGAAUGUCGAGUUAAGAAUUGAUACCAACAAGGGGCUUUUACGACAUCAAAGUGUUUUGUCCAAACUCUAUAUAUAUCGCCUCAAACUUCAUGGAGUACUUGUGACCGGAAUGGAUCCUCAGGCAUUCAUUAGGUUAUCAGUAGGGUCGUUGGGAUUGAGAACUCCCGGGACAGCCUUAAAUGGUACGAAAUCAGGGAGCCAUGCAUUCUCGUCUCCCUGUGUGUGUGAGAUCCGCCUUCGAGGUUUCCCCGUGCAGACAACAUCUGUUCCCUUUGUAUCCUCCCCGGAAACUACCCCCCCGGACGCUAACACUAUAGCAUCCAGCUUUUAUCUCGAGGAAUCUGAUCUCAAAGCAUUGCUCACGCCCGGCUGUUUUUACACGAAUCAUGCUUGUUUGGAGGUCGCUGUUUUUACGGGGCACAAAGGUACCCAUUGCGGGGUUGCUAUUAAGAGGCAGCAGGUAGGUACGUUUCGGUUGGAAGUAGGCCCCGAGUGGGGUAAAGGAAAGCCAGCCGUUCUUUUCAAUGGCUGGACUGGUAUCGGCAAGAACAAGCAGGAGAAUGGGAAACCGGGAGCCGAGCUUCAUUUAAGAGUGAAGCUCGAUCCCGAUCCAAGAUACGUCUUCCAGUUCGAGGAAAAGACUAAAUUAAGCCCCCAAAUAGUUCAGCUCCAAGGGAACAUCAAGCAGCCUAUUUUCAGUUGCAAGUUUAGUCAAGAUCGGGUACAACAGGUGGAUCCGCUAAGCAACUUUUCGUCUAGUUUUGUUGAUAGCUCUGAUAUUGAAAUAGAAAGGCGGGAGAGGAAGGGAUGGAAGGUGAAGAUACAUGACCUCUCUGGCUCGGCUGUGGCAGCUGCGUUCAUCACUACGCCAUUCGUGCCAUCGACCGGUUGUGAUUGGGUUGACAGGUCCAACCCGGGAGCUUGGUUGAUCGUACGCCCCGAUCCUUGCAUGCGCGAGAGCUGGCAACCGUGGGGGAAGCUCGAAGCAUGGCGUGAACGAGGCAUCAGAGACUCCAUCUGCUGCCGCUUCCACCUCUUGUCGGAUGGUCCAGAGGGGGGCGGGGAUCUCCUCAUGUCGGAGAUCCUCAUCAGCGCGGAGAAGGGCGGGGAGUUCUACAUCGACACUGACAAACAGGUCCGAGCUGCAGCGAGUCCCGUGCCCAGUCCAAGAAGCAGCGGUGACUUUUCUGCGCUGAGUCCUGUUGUGGGCGGCUUCGUCAUGAGCUGUAGAGUGCAAGGCGAAGGCAAGUACAGCAAGCUCCUCGUGCAACUUGCCAUGCGACACGUCACCUGCGUCGAGGAUGCAGCCAUUUUCAUGGCGCUCGCUGCAGCUGUGGAUCUCAGUAUCGAGGCGUGCAGGCCGUUCAGAAGGCUCAGGAGAGGUACUCGCCAUUCCUGGUGAUAUACAUUAGUGUAUAACUCUAUAAAUAUGCAUAUAUGAUGUUCAUGUGUUUCCAGAAACUAAGGAAACCUCCCAUGUACUCUCCUGUAACAAUGAUGUUUUGUACAGAACCAGCGUAAUGUUUUCUGAAAACAGUUUUCAAUUCUCCAUU